GCCACAGCGGGGCAGGGCGUGCACACUCGAGCCAUUCGUGCUGUCUCCUGGAGCCCCGACUGCCGUUUGCUUGCUGCUGCUUCUUUCGAUGCUACUGCUUCUGUGUGGACAGUGCAGCAGCAGCAGCAGCAGCAGCAGCAGCAGCAGCAAGUGGAGCAGCAGCAGCAGCAGCGGCAAGGGGGGGAAGAUGCAGCGCCUGCGCUUAGGCCCAAGCAGGCGCAGCUGCAGGUUCGACUGCUGCAAACCCUCGUCGGGCACGAGAAUGAGGUGAAGGGCGUGGCCUGGAACUGCUCUGGCUCGCUGCUGGCGACUUGCAGCAGAGACAAAAGCAUUUGGAUUCACAAGCGGAUGGACUGCGCAGAAGACUGGGGUUUGCAGCAGCAGCAGCAGCAGCAGCAGCAGCAGCAGCAGCAGCAGGAUGAGGAAGAGGGGGAGUUCGUUGUUGCUUCUGUUCUGACCGGCCACUCCCAAGACGUGAAGGCCGUAAAGUGGCACCCCAAAAGGGACUGGCUGGCUUCUGCUUCUUAUGACGACACAAUUGCCAUUUGGGGUUUGGGAGAAGACGACUGGGUAAUGCUGAAGACCCUGCGGGGCCACUCCUCAACUGUAUGGACACUCGCCUUCUUGCGGGACGGCAGCCGCCUCGUCUCGGGCUCUGCAGACAGGACUUUGCGGCUGUGGACCUGUGUUCCACCUGGGGCCCCUCCUGCACGGCGCCUCCCGAGUUUGUCGCAGUGGUGUGUGGCCCCAUUUUUGCGUCCCUUAGCAGCAGCAGACGCAGCAGCAGCAGCAGCAAGUGCAGCAGCAGCAGCAGCGCCGGCAGCAGCAGACGAAGGGACUGAGGAUCCUCAGCAGCAGCAGCAGCAGCAGCAGCAGCAGCCAGAGGCGUGGCGCUGCUUGGCUUCGGUCCAGGGGCAGCACCGGGGGGUGGUUUACGGGGUGUCUGUACACCCUACCAAAAACCUACUAGCUACGGCCUGCGGAGAUGGUUGCAUUCGCAUUUACUUGCUGACAGAGACCGGCGCGACUCUCUUACACUGCGAGGAAGAGGCCCAUGAGUGUGAUGUGAACUGGGUGGCCUGGCGGAACGACGACGGCGAGGGCAAGCUGAGGGCUUAG